UUAUAAUAUGUAAAACGAGUCUUCUAUAGUAUUUAUAUUCAAACCAAUACUGACAGUGGUGUGAAUAAUCACAUUUUGGAGAGUUUGGGGAGUUUCGCAGGAACAGGUGCCGCGCUCGUUAUCUAUUCGCUUCCGCUGCCGUUUCAAGUUGUGCGCGCAUUCUCCAAGCGUCCUCCCAGUCCUGGGCGGAGUGGAGUCAUUUGAAGAUGAUCUCCUACGCGACUUCGACAUACUCAAGUUUCAGAUGUCUACCAAAUGCAAUCGUUAUUUCACAGAGGAUUACAAUUUGAUCUAGGACGUCGACUUCAGGAAAUCAUCCCUCCUAAACGACGACCUAGGGACGGAAGACUUUUCAGUUUGUAGUGCAUCACCCGAGUGGCCACCCUGGCGGGCACUAUUCCGUCGAAGGGGGAGGAGGACUUCCUGACGCUGGCCGCUUCCCGGCUCAGCCGCCGCAAGCGUGUCAUAGGGGCGGGUGUGGGCGUGGCCAUGGUCUUGGUGCUCCUGGUGGCCAUCCCCCUGUUGGUCCACAGCACCAAGGCAGGAGGGGCAGGAGGUGCAGGAGGAAGCCAUUAUGAGAUGCUUGGCAGCUGCAGGAUGGUUUGUGACCCUUACACCCCGUCCCAGAACGAGCUGACAGCCGUCUCCCCGCCGCCUUCCGACUUCAUGGGGCGCCGGGGGAAGUCUGGAUUGCGUGGGCCCCCCGGGUUCCCUGGCCCACAAGGCCCCCCGGGCCCCGCAGGGGAGCCAGGCAAGCCCGGCCCUCAGGGACCACAGGGCCCCGGCCCCGGCGGCUACGUGCCCUCCUUCUACAGUCCUAAGAUCGCUUUCUAUGCAGGCCUGCGCAAGCAGCACGAGGGCAUCGACGUGCUCAAGUUUGACGACGUGGUCACCAACGUUGGCAACUACUACGAGCCCAGCACUGGCAAGUUCACGUGCCCGCUGCCUGGCAUCUAUUACUUCACCUACCACGUGCUCAUGAGGGGAGGAGACGGCACCAGCAUGUGGGCAGACCUGAAGAAGAACGGGCAGGUGAGGGCCAGUGCCAUAGCCCAGGAUGCCGACCAGAACUACGACUACGCCGCCAACAGUGUGAUCCUGCACCUGGACGUGGGGGAUGAGGUGUACGUGCAGUUGGACGGGGGCAAGGUGCACGGGGGCAACACCAACAAGUACAGCACCUUCUCCGGCUUCCUCAUCUACCCCGACUAAUCAUGACCGCCGACACCUCCUCCACCCAACGCCACCACACCCCCGCCCAAUCAAACGCUCAACAACACCAGACCUACCACCCUCAUUACACCACUGCUCCCUAAGAAGCCGCCCUGGGCACACUGCGCGAAGACACAGAAAUACAACCAUACAAACACACACACACACACACACACACACACACACACACACACACACACAACACAGACCUACUUUC